UCUCGCAUACUCGCACCAAAACUACCACCGUGACCGGAAUGAUUCCUUAAUUCAGCGUGGCGACGGAGACUCCAAACUUCACCCGUACGACUCAUCGGAUUCUGGAUCUGGAGCAUGCUCUGAAAUAUAAAGACAAUUUUUACCCUCAGGACAGCAACUUAUCCCAGAACUUCUUUAUUCAGAGAGAACAUAACUAUUCUACGAACUAGCAAUGAGUACAGAAGAGGCUUCAAAGAAAAAUUCACAACCCCAAUUAGUGAAGUUGGGCAAAGCAUUCAAACUGGCUGAACAAUGGGUUAAUAACAUGAGUAAAUCCUCGGUGGAUGGAAAAUCAACUGCAAUAGAAUUGGAGGGUCGACCUGCUAGGCUUGGAAUUGGUGCAACAGUUCCACGGGGGCCCAGAGUUGCAAAUUCAAGUGAUCCAGUAGAAAGAAAAUUGCUUGCCAAGUUGGAUGCUGAGAAACGGAAAGCGGUGAAGAGAGCUGAAGAAUUUGCUCCAUCUUCAAAAGAUAGAAAUGUUGAUGAAGAUAGUGAAGACGAAUUGGAAAGUAAAACAAAAGCUUUUGCAAAGAAGAGACAACUAAAUAUGACUUCACCUCUACAGCAGAAAAAGAAGCAUAAAUAGUUAGGACUGCUAUAUGCACCCACCCGUAGUUAAAAUGUUGUCUCACUAUGGCCUACAUAGAGCAGUCGAAUGAUCUAGCAGUUUUAAGGUAAAGUGCCAAGAAACUAUGGAUAAUGCUAUAAAUUUAUAGCAUUCAGUCCAUUAAGCAAUUUGACAACCAAGAACUUUGCAAUUUUUAUUACUCUAUUGAUCGUAGAUGAUUUUGGCUGAAAUUUUAUUUAUUAUAGAACUCCAAAAUCUUUGCCCUAUUUUGCAUAGAGGACAAAUGUUGUAAACAGUUACAAGACUAUGAAAUGAAAAUUUUCUUCAUUCGUUUUG